UCCGAUUACGGUCUGCCAGAUCUGUGUUCUAAUCAACGCUGAACAUGACUUAGAAGUAGGCUCAUCGUCCUCCAAAAAAAAAAAGUAGUUCAAUGUGCCUCUCCCCACAGGGUGAAGGCCAUACCGGAGAAGCGUUUUGCUGUCUUAUGACGAAAUAUUCCAGAAAAAAGGAAACACAACGGUCCUUCUGUCGGUCAGUUGGGCUUGCGAGAUAAUUGCGGUCAGCACCGGACACCGGAUUGGCCCUCCUCUGCUGCCUACUGCGUAGCGGCCGUCCUAGUUCUGCGCCGAUCGAUAACCUCACCGCGACGUGGUGAAAGGCGUCCACAGCGGCGGGCGCGCUGUGUAAAGUUCUUUGCCACGUCGCAGAUGGAAGUUCCGUGGACCACGCCCCGCUUUGCACCAGAUUCGACCGGUACACGUCACAAACUGCCACACACACACACACACACGCGCUCUGCCCGGUUCUAGCUGGCCGAGAAUGCGGCAAUUGACCGGGACAAAGUGCGAGCAGCGCGUGCAAAAUCGUGCCUCUGGGGAGGGACUGGAUGGGUUCCUGGGUCUUAUCGGAGGCUGUAAUAUGGGCUCUAUGGCGCCCUACAUUGUGAUGAAAGAUCAUUAAUUACGAUUAACGAUCGAUCAAUUAAAUGGAAGUUGAAAGCCAUUUUAGGGCCGAGUGCCAGAACCCCCAGAAUGGUACAUCUGCAGGGUCAGAAGGCGCGCAGAGUACGGCACCGUCAGGUACACGCCAACACAGCGAUACCGCGCGGGCUCACACUUCAUGCGACCGCGGCCCUUGAAAUAAACAAUAAACAGCCAAUCCCCGGAUGAGUGCUUCCUAUCAAAUCCACACUGAUAAGAGCAUAUGCCUUUGGAUUCGACGGGGGAGCCACCCGGAAGGGCCGUUGGGGGGAGAGGCGCUCAAGCGAUACGUUCUCUAUUGGGAGGGUGCACCCAAGUAGAGGAGACGAUGAGUGGUCGAUUUGUUCGCGCCUGUCCCCCUGGCGUGUAGGUAAUUUGGGCAAUAGUAGUAGUACCAAAUAAAACAAGGGCCUUGGGAUUUGUUGUGAUUAAACAAAACACACACACAGCGAUACAGCGAGCCACACUUGAACGGCAUUUGAACGGGCAAGAGAUCACAACCAUCACCAGCUCCCUCGCUGCAGAUCGGUUACGGAUGAUCUCGUCCAGGGCCCCAUCCAUCUAUGUAUUGGUGCCGCUUGCGAAGAUGUUAUUAUUAUUGUGCCCGCGCAUUCUGGAACCCUGAGCACGAUUCGCAUCCCACCCUGUCGCCACAAUCUCCUAUCAGCGCCUCCGCCGUUAGUCGAUGAGUGCGGCAAGUGCGGGUUAGAGUGUCCUUUAUCAGCUGGCGGCAGCCACUGGUCCGGGAUCAGUUGAAUCUCAACUGCACGGUGAGUAAGUACCACAGUGUCCGUCCCAUUGCCGACCGUGCCGUUGUCUCUGUGUGCUGUAGUGUGUUGCUGUAUUGUGCUUGUGUACUUAGAACUGCCAAAGGAUCAGGAAGCGAUCAGCUCAACCAGCCAGUGUGUCCGUCGUUUUGCCAAACAGAGGGGCACAGUAGUGCCAAGUGAUAUGAGCUAGAGAAAGAGAGAGAAAGCCCAAAAAGCGUUUGUGUGGAAAUAGUGGCCAAAGCAAAGCAGCGGCGUGUGCCUGUAUGUUGUUGUGCUGGUAGUCGACAGCCGUUACACCAACCAGCAGGAUGUCUGCAAACUGCGAAAUUACCAUCACUGGACCGCAGGAGGCACAAACCAAGAGCAGCCUCAUUGUGGUCUCCAACCGGUUGCCGUUCGUGCUCAAGCGAGACCCCAAGACGGGCAAGCUGAGUCGUCAUGCUAGUGCCGGCGGAUUAGUCACAGCAGUUGCACCGGUCGUGAUCAAGGGCAAAGGGCUGUGGGUUGGCUGGUCCGGAAUUACGCUGACGGACGAGAACGAACCAAUUCCGGAGUCGGACCCAACGGACAACACACCAACUGCCGGGUUGCUGUCGGAGCAGGUCGUCUCGGUGAACGUGGAGCCGAAGCUGUUCGAUAGUUACUACAAUGGCUGCUGCAACGGUACGUUCUGGCCACUGUUUCACUCGAUGCCGGGGCGGGCCACGUUCUGUGCCGACCACUGGAAGUCGUACUAUGAGGUGAACAAAGAGUUUGCGGCUCGCACGAUCGAAGCGUUGGCGAUCGCUGUCCGCAAGAACACGCACCCGGGCGUGCCACUGAUUUGGAUCCACGACUAUCAUCUGAUGCUGGCCGCGAACUGGAUCCGGGAGGCGGCCGACGAGCGGAAUCUACCGUACCAGAUGGCGUUCUUCCUGCACAUCCCCUUCCCGCCGUGGGAUAUCUUCCGCCUGUAUCCGUGGUCGGAUGAAAUCCUGCAGGGUAUGCUGGCGUGUGAUAUGAUCGGGUUUCAUAUUCGCGACUAUUGCCUGAACUUUGUUGAUUGCUGUCAGCGUAAUCUUGGAUGUCGUGUGGACAGGAAGAACUUACUGGUGGAGCACGGUGGACGAUCGGUUCGUGUGCGGCCGCUGCCGAUCGGCAUUCCGUUCGAUCGGUUCGUGGAGUUGGCGCACUCUGCGCGGAAGGUGAUCAACACGAACCAGAAGAUCAUUCUGGGGGUGGAUCGGUUGGACUACACCAAGGGGUUGGUCAAUCGGCUGAAGGCUUUUGAGGUGCUGCUGGAGAAGCACCCGGAGCAUCGUGAAAAUGUGAGCCUGCUGCAGAUUUCCGUUCCCUCGCGAACGGACGUCAAGGAGUACCAGGAAUUGAAGGAAGAGAUGGAUCAGCUUGUGGGUCGGAUAAAUGGACGCUUCACAACUGCGAACUGGUCUCCGAUCCGUUACAUCUAUGGGUGUGUUGGACAGGAAGAGUUGGCCGCCUUCUAUCGGGAAGCUUCCGUGUGUCUGGUGACGCCACUCCGCGAUGGUAUGAAUCUGGUGGCGAAGGAGUUCGUCGCCUGCCAGAUCAAUGAGCCGCCGGGUGUGCUGAUCGUGUCGCCGUUCGCUGGAGCUGGUGAAACCAUGCACGAGGCCCUCCUCUGCAAUCCGUACGAGCUGGAUGCAGCAGCUGAGGUGAUACACCGUGCGCUCACAAUGCCGGAAGACGAGCGAACGCUCCGGAUGUCACGUAUGCGACGACGCGAGAUGCAGCACGAUGUGAACAGCUGGAUGCGGCAGUUCCUGAAGGCGAUGGGUUCGCUCGAGGAGGACGACAUCGGUACGACCACGAUGCAACCGGUCACUGUGGAUGAUUUCGAUGACUAUCUGCUCAAUUACAUCGGCUACAACCAUAAGCUUGCUCUUCUGCUCGAUUAUGAUGGUACACUGGCCCCGAUAGCACCCCAUCCCGAUUUGGCCACCCUACCGCCGGAGACGAAAAACGUGCUGCAACGGUUGUCCAACCACUCGGACGUGUACAUAGCCAUCAUCUCCGGGCGCAAUGUGGAGAACGUGAAGCAGAUGGUAGGGAUCGAGGGUAUCACUUAUGCGGGCAACCACGGACUGGAGAUUCUCCAUCCCGACGGUAGCAAGUUCGUGCAUCCGAUGCCGAUCGAGUACGAGGACAAAGUCAGUGGACUGUUGAAGUCGCUCCAAGACUCGGUUUGUGGUGAUGGCGCCUGGGUCGAGAACAAGGGACCACUGCUGACGUAUCACUAUCGCGAAACACCGCCCGAGCUGCGCCCGGCCAUGGUGGAAAAGGCACGCCAGCUGAUCAUCCAGUUCGGGUUCCGCGCGGCGGAAGCACACUGUGCGAUCGAGGCCAAACCCCCGGUACAGUGGAACAAGGGCCGCGCAUCCAUCUACAUCCUGCGCACGGCGUUCGGUGUGGAUUGGAGUGAGCGCAUCAAGAUCAUCUACGCCGGUGACGAUAUGACCGAUGAGGACGCCAUGAUGGCCCUCAAAGGUAUGGCGGCGACGUUCCGCGUCACAAACUCGCAGAUCAUCAAGACGUCCGCCGAGCGGCGCCUGCCAUCGACUGACUCCGUGCUGACGAUGCUGAAGUGGGUCGAGCGACACUUUAUGCGCCGCAAGCCGCGGGCCAACAGUCUCACGUACCGCGGCAAGAAGAAGGACUGCGUCAAGAUGCAGAUGGCCUUCGAUCUGGUGCCGAACACGAGUGCGGCCAACAGUGCCGCCAGCAGUUCCGAUGAGCGUGAUUGAGGUGGGGUGGCAUUGGUGCCGAAACACCCUUUUAAUAUAUAAAUGGUUAGCUUUAUUCCAUUCCCCAAUUCCUUGCCCUUUUCCUUGCCAAAACCUUGCGUUUUGCGUAAUUUUAUUAGGUUACUCUUAGUUCGUUCUUGAAGCAAAAGUAUGCCUUAGAAUUGCUUUUGUUAAGCCUUUCUUUUGGUUUGGUUUGUUUUUUGUUUGAAAACAUGCUGUAUGUUUCUGUUAUGUUUUAGCGCGUUUCGAAGCAUGUUGGUAUUGUUUCACACACACACAGACGUUAAAAGGGGGUAGCGUUUAAGUUUUACGAAUAGAAAGCUUGUGUGAAUGUUGGAUGAAAGCAAGGAACCUUUCUUUCGGGAACAUUAAUGAUAUUCGGAAUCAAACAGGAAUGUUUUUAGAAUUAGGUUUAGAGAAAGUGCAAUAAAUUCUUAGUUGGUUACUAAGCAAAA